AUGCGCAAUCUGUUUUUUAAAGACUUUUUCUUCCUUAUUAAAAGUCUUUUGAUUGAAUCUUAUGAAACAGAAGCUCGACGAAUUCGUCGUACAGCCUUCAUCGCGGUGGCGGUCAGCACAAUGACGGUACUUUGUUGUAUUGUGCUCGCUCCGGUCACGUAUCAACAUAUUCAGCGGGUUCAGAGUAUUCUCAACAGUGAUAUGGAUUUUUGUAAGAGCAGAAGUCGAGAUUUGUGGUCAGAAGUAGUUGCUGCACAAAUUUCGUACGGACACAACGAAAGAGCCAGACGUACUGCCAACAAAGGCAGAUGGCUUUUUGGACAUUACAUUGCAUCAAAUAUCGACUGUGAAUAUGGGCCUGCAGGACCUCCAGGAUUACCAGGUGCAGAUGGAAAAGAUGGUACUGAUGGGAAGCCUGGUUCAGAUGGUGCCCCCGGCAAAGAUGCUGUAUCUGAUUUUACAUUUACGUCAUGCAACCGUAAAUGCCCACCUGGGCCACCUGGACCACCUGGUGCUCCUGGCGAGAAGGGUCCUAAAGGAUACAAUGGCGAGAUUGGAGAGCCGGGAAGUCCUGGUAAACCUGGCGAAGCAGGAACGCCAGGUAUUCAGGGACGACCUGGACUACCUGGAGUACCGGGUCGCAUUGGUGAAAAGGGAGAACCUGGCAAACAUAUAGCUGGUGUGGCUCCUCCAGGUCCACCAGGUAGACAAGGUGAGCAAGGACCACCAGGAGAGCCAGGAGAACCUGGUGAGAAAGGCAGCCCAGGUGAAGCAGGUAUUCCCGGUUUACCAGGAGAAAAAGGAAAUCCAGGUACCUAUGGUAAACCAGGUUUACAAGGACCACAAGGACCACCAGGUCUUAAAGGUAGCAAAGGGUCUUGUGAUCACUGUCCAGUUCCAAGAACUCCUCCUGGAUAUUAA